AUGGCUUCUGAAUCUUUUCAGAGUCUCUGCUCUUGGAACCAGAAAUUUCUGAAAGAUGGGCCAACACCAAAAUCAAUUGAUUAUUUGGCUCCAGUUGUGGAGAAGGAUUAUAUAAAGAAGAUUAACAUGGGUCAGAUUGAAGCUGAGCUUCAAGUGGGAUUCUACAGAGACAAAUGCAGAGCUGAAUCAAUUGUGAAGGACGAAGUUGAAAAGGCCUUCGACAGAGACAGGGGAAUUGCUCCUGGUCUGUUGAGACUGCAUUUUCAUGAUUGCUUUGUUAGGGGAUGUGAUGCAUCCAUCCUUGUAGACUCAACCCCAAUGAAUGUAGGCGAGAAGGAUGGUCCACCCAAUGUCAAUACUCUCCGUGGGACCGAAGUGAUCGACAGUGCCAAGGCUAGACUAGAAGCUGAAUGUAAAGGAGUAGUCUCUUGUGCAGAUACUCUUGCAUUUGCAGCAAGAGAUGCUGUAGAAAUAAGCAACGGCUUUGGGUGGUCAGUUCCAGCAGGGAGGCGAGAUGGAAGGGUGUCACUUGCUUCUGAGACUCUAGACAUACCUGCUCCAUUUCUUAACCUUGAUCAACUCACCCAGUCCUUUGCUAAGAAGGGACUAACACAGGAAGAGAUGGUCACGCUCUCCGGUAAUUUCUAUACAACACCUGCAGGCGCUCACACAAUUGGCCAUGCUCAUUGCACCUCAUUCAGCAACAGACUAUAUGACUUCAAUGCAUCGUCUAGCCAAGACCCGAGUUUAAACCCCCUAUAUGCUGAGGAUUUGAAGAGACAAUGCCCAAGAGGUCCACAGGGAACUGUUGAUCCUAACCUCGUUGUGGACAUGAACUUCAGCCCAGCUGUGAUGGACUCGAGCUAUUACACAGAUGUUCUUCAUCACCGUGGCCUGUUCACGUCUGAUCAGGCACUCACAACCAGCCAGGCUACUGCCAGGCAAGUGACCACAUAUGCAGUAAAUAGGUUGCUUUGGGAGUCGGAGUUUGCUAAAGCAAUGGUGAAGAUGAGUCAAAUUGAAGUACUAACAGGAACUGAUGGAGAGAUUCGAACCAACUGUAGGGUGAUCAAUAACUAUAACUAGGGUUUACUUCAUGGAACCUGACAAUAAAAACCCUAAUAAAAAACCUGCAGUUUGAGGUGUAAUAGUCUAUAGCAAAACUACCUAGGAUUCACCCACCAAAUUAAAGGACUGAAUGCAUAAGAUGAUCAAAGAACAAAGUCUCAAACAAUAAAUUUAGCUUGCAACAAGUU